AUGCGAGCCUCGGUACGUGUAGUUUUUGUUCUAGCACCCCCGUACCAGUUCACGACCUGGUCGAUGCUUCUGGUCCGUGGCAGGCAUCUGCCUCCUGACCGCCGGGCGUGCCGACGACCACGUAUCGAGAGCACUACGACAUUGCAGACUCGAAUCCAGUCAGUUCGAGUGAUUGUGGGGUACGUCGGUACGAUAGCGAGGUUGAGAAUGUGUUAUGGCAGGAGCAGAGCCUGGUGA